CUAACCGCUGCUUUGUAUGCACGUCCUGACUCUUUCUUUUUCUGGGGAAGUUAUCAAUUAUCAGCAACACUGACUCGAUUUUUUAUACUUUCUUCAGAUACGGUCAUACGAGAGCAUGCAAUGUGAUUUCCAACUGGACGGUAUUUUAUUUUUCGGAUCUUCGGUUUCUAGGCAGACACACAACAAACAAACAGAAUGCCUCACAUUUGAGAUGCGACCUGUCCCUCGGUCUACUGCAGGAACCGUGCGGAGAAUCUGUCAGGCUACCCUGCCCUUGCUUAUGUAUCUUUGUGUAACUGCGUAUUAUUUAUGUGUAUGCGUACAAAUAUACAUUUUGAAGGAAUGCGUAUACUCUGUGCAUAUAAAUAAAGAAACGAUACAUAAUAUGCAUGUGGCCUGUCAAAGGACGAUGCACCGUCGAUUCACCGUUGGAUGGUGGAGGAUAGGCGGAUGGCGCAUGGAUGGGUGGUUAUAAUCCCUGCUUCGGUACUUGCAAUCGACCAACGGCACUCUGUCUUUGCCAACGCUUUACUGUGAGCAAUCACAUUUUCUAGCCAGUAGGCUCAACGGUUACAACCGGAGGCGGCUAUCGAUAACGAUAACACUGUCCACAAGAACUUUGGACUAUACACUUUACAUGCAAAUUGUCACGAUGCAAGGGCGACUGUCAGAGAUGUCACAUAUGUAUUCAACCUCUGCC